AUGAGUCCGGAGAUAAUUGAGGCAGAUUAUGAUCUCCCAUCUUUACCCCCUAAUACAAUAGACAGAGGUGCAAUUCCAAGUAUCGUACAAGAGGAGUUAGCGCUCGAUAUCCCCAAUGAAGAUAUUGAAUAUGUUGCUAAGUUAAAUAAUGAUCAAAUGAUUGCAUUCAACACCAUUAUAAAUGUAAUUGUUCAAAAACACAUUGGGGUAUUUUUUGUUGAUGGUCUAGGAGGAACAGGUAAAACAUUCCUUUAUAGAACAUUAAUGGUAAGUUUAAGAAGUAGAGGAGAAAUUGUCUUAGCAACUGCAUCAUUUGGUAUAACUGCAACAUUGUUACCCGGUGGUAGGACUGCACACUCUCGAUUUAAGAUACCUAUUGAUAUACAACGAGUUCCAUUUGUGGUAUUCAAAAGCAAAAAGAUCUUGCAAAUCUCAUUAGAGUUGCUUCCAUAA